AUGUUUUGGAGCGCUAAUUAUAUGACUAUUAGGCAGUUGAACUUUCUUCUUAAGGAGGAGAAUGUAACUUUAACACAAAUUCUGGAGGCGGACGACAUCCUUCAGGAGUGUAAAGCGGACAACAAAGAUCUUAUACGAUUUCUAACAAGACCAGAGAUCUUAGCAGAACUCAUUGCCCUAAUAACUGAGGAGCCAUCUAAGGAUUUAGAAUUAACAACACAGUACAGACAUUCAAAUAUUGCCUGUGAAGUGCUAACCAGCCAGUUGUCUGGCCUGAUGUCCAGUCUGUGCAUUGAUGUGAAGCAGAUGAAUCGACUUUGUGAUUUCCUGAAUAGGGAUCCACCUCUCAAUCCAUUGCUAGCAUCAUACUUUAGCAGAACUAUUGAAACAUUGCUAAAAAGAAGCCCUAUGCAGGACUGCUACUUGCACCACAUAUUAUGUUUACGAGCCCUGGACUUCUUUAAGGCUCGGAAGGAUUUUUUACCUAAUUUAUUAAGACACAUUGCCACCUCUGCUAUAGCGGAUACCAUAAAAUAUUUUGUAUUCUAUCUUGAGGAGCCUUUUAGUGAAAUAAUUGAAAAGUGGCUGGUUGAAAAUGAGUUUUUGGAAAAUCUUAUACAAAUAAUUUGCUGUGAUUAUGAGCCCAAUGAAAUUCAGGCAACACCUGUACCUGUGCCAAUAGAACAAAAGACAGAAAAUGAUGUCGAGAAAGGGGUGCAUGAGGAGAGUGAAAAAGCAGAGGCAAGUCACAAGGACUCCAUCAGCGGUGGGGACUCUAGUAAAAAUAGCGCGGGGAUGACGGAACGCACGCGGCGACUGCAAGUGGCGGCAUCGGCCAGUGCCAGUGCGCUGGCGUGUGGCUUAGCGGGCAGGUGGGCCGGGGAAGACUGGCAACCUUCUUGGACGACGCGAUGCUUGAGCGCCCGCUUACGCACCAAGCCCUUGGUUAACGCGCUCCUUCUCGGCUGCUUCUGUAGUCCCCCGGACUUCUACGACACCGCGCUGUUCAACGCCUGCCGUCUUCUGCGAGUGCUUAUCCAGCCGUUGGAAGAUACGUGUGACGUGGAGCUGCGUGAUGUGACGCCGCAUCUGCGGUUGCUGCAGCAAGAUCUAUUGCGCGAGCCAGCGAUAGGGCCAAGCGGGCGUCGUAGGGUGGGAGCGGCGCGCCUCCAGGUUGUGGCGCUCAUGGCAGAGCUCAUGGGAACUCAAGAGCCCAUGGUGCACAUGGUCAUGCGGACACUGGGCAUGCCUGAUGUGCUGCUUGACAUGUUCUUUGCCUUCCCCGACAACAACUUCCUACACGCGCAGGUCUGCACGAUGUUGCACAACAUAUCACAAAACAAAUCACAAGCCCCGGUCUAUUGGGUACAGCUGGUGGAAGAAGGCAACUUGCUGACCCGGCUAAUGGACACUUUUGAAGAAAAUGAAGAUAAAAAGACGACGCGUCGGUCGAGCUUGAUGGGUCACGUGACAGUCGCCUGCCGUACUUUGGCGGCGGCGGGCGUUGGCUCGUUUGCGUUACCCGAAGUUCGCGAACGAUGGGAUGCCUUUCUGCAGAACCGUCUCCAACCGCUGCUGACACGCCUCGACGCACCACUCGGCGGCGAGUACCCUUCGGAGACAUGUUACGAGAUGGAGGCUGGCAAGGAAGGCGUGUCGCAGUAUCCAUCUGCGGACAACUACAGCGAUGAUUUGUGGGAGGACAGCCCCAGUAAUGUUUUGGAUUUCGAUGAAGGCAUGCAGAUGGCGCUUGACUUGCCGUGGGAGCGUAGUUCCGGAUGGGGAGAUGAAGAGGAGAAGAAUGAGGGUGAGGAAGGAGCUUCCCUCCCUCUGCCCCUCCCUGAAGACGAGGGUUGGGCCCAGUUCGGAAGUGAUACGUGUCUGCCCCCCGUUGAUCCCUUUGCCCCACAAGAGUCCCAUCCAUGGAACCAGAAUGUUGCAGAAAGCGGCGAGGAGAAUUGCAAUAUGACUGAACUGCAAGCUGAGCUGAAUCAGCUGCAGCUGGACGGUACCGCUGAACUCACUCACAACUUACUGUCUGCUCUCAGUGGCCUCGCCCCUCAUCACCUAGCCGAGCUCGCUGACACCGCGUCGCAGCUGCCCCCUGCCUUACCCCCCACAGACCCUCCGAUAUCAGACAUUCAAACCAUAAUCACCAACGUCGAAAGCACCACCGACCCAAAAACUGAGGUUCAACCUACCCUCGGAAAUUCUGACGCAACCUCGAACUCCAACAAUCCUGAUACCAAUGCUUUAUUUACUGAGGAAGUAACGUCUCAUAUAACUAGUGUUGAAAAACCCGUCAGCAAUUCUACGUUUAAUGACCUUGAAAAUGAUGACAAGGUAUCCAGUGAGGUCAACCCUAACGUGUCAAGUGUUGGGAAAUCUGACACAGAAAUUAUAAAUGAAGUCGGCAAAACUGACACCCAAAUUAUAAAUGAAAUCGGCAAAUCAAACGCCAAAUUGUCAGAUGAAGUCGCAAAUCUUGUCACCGAAGUAUCUGGGACGAACAAUUCUGAGACCAAAAUAGUGAGUGAGGUGGACGAUUCCAAGGAAUCUAGCACGGUCGACAGCCCUGACCUCACUGCGACCGAGAGGUGA